AUGUCGCCAAGAUCAGAGUCAGUCACUGAAGAUGCGACUGAUCAUGUCGAGACACCCCCCUCUAAGAAAGCCAGGAUCAGAAAUCCUGGGAUCUCCAAAGAUGACACCAAGGCUAUCCGUGAGAGACAGGAAGCCGCCAUCGCUCAAAUUCAUCCCGACACCAAGAACCAUCCCGUCCUGUAUAAAGGCGUCGUUCAGAAAAUUGAGAGGAACAAUCUUCGAAAUGGUUGGGCGAAAACUCAGCUCAAUGGUACCUUCCAGCAUUGGAGCAGAGUCUCUACCUUGACUGCUCGGCCUGAUCUGGAGUGGUUACUUGCUGUACUGGCCGUUCAUGCAUCCUUCGAGCCAUUGAAUCUCAAGUUCAUGGAUGAGGUUAAAAAGCGCGGCCUUAAGGAAUGGGUAGAGAAACAGCUCAAGAAACAGGACCCCCUAUCUUCAACUCCCACUCCAGCUGAGCCAACGACGCCUCAGCAAGCGCCUCGAAUCAAGACAGAGCCUGGAAUUGACUCUCGCAGACUGCAGGCGACUCCUGGAGGAGCAAGACCCGGGCAGGGAAACAAUACCGUUCUUCCAUCGAUUGAGACUGGUACCGGCGGUACCCUGAAACGAGCUGCUCCCGUACACCCAGCCCAACCUGCGAACAAACGAGCAAGUGUGUUCACAAAUCAGGUAUUUUCUCCUUCUGGAGCAAGCGGCUAUGCAGGACCACCAGUUGCGCCUCAAAGAAUCGUCCUCCGAGACCAAGGAACGCAGACAGACAACGAUGUUCCUCUCCAGACAAUCGUUGCAUCAAUGCAAGAGGCUAUGGGAGCCAUGAAAGAACAGUCCGAGGGGCUCAAGGAACAAGUUCGGCUGCUUCAAGAACACAACAUGUCACUCUUGGAACACGAUCGAGCGCUUGCUGACGUCUCUGGAAGAGUUCGUAGUGUCAAUCAUCUGAGACACGCCAACAACAUUCACCAUCAUCAGAUCCAACCUCAGGCUGCUGAGAUCGUUGCGCUGCAGCCGGUGAAUCGUCAGCCGCCCACCUAUUACUACGAAUCUCCUCGCGAGUCCGGCAACACGUUUAGAUUUGGAUAG